AUGAAGAACUAAGAUUAUGAGGAUUAUGAUUAGGAUUAUGAAAAAAAAGAAAUAGAUAUUAUGGAGAAAUUGCAUAAGAAGAAAAUGGCAGUAAUAGAAAGAUGCUUCCCAGAUAAAAAUUCAAAAGGAUAAGGAUUGACCAUCUAACAGUUUCUCAAAGUCAUGUUGGAGCACUUGGAUUACAAUAAGGAUUCAAAAGAGGAGACCAAGAAAAUAACGUUAGCAUUAAUUGAAUUAUUUAAAGAAAUAGAUGUUAAUGGUGAUGGUACGAUGGAAUGGGUGGAAUUUAGCAAUCACAUAAUUGAAUUAGGAUUAUUAAGAAAUGACAGAUCAUUUAAAGAUGUAAUAAAAAGUUAUCAUCCAGCAGAAAACAUUAAAGAUGAACAAAAGCAUGAGACAGUGAUCGAUAGAGUGUAUUUCUUUGACAGAUUGAAAAUGCUUUUAGUAUUGGAGAAAGAGUCUCCAAAAUUUAAGGUAUACAACUCUAAUACAAGUGAACUAAUUUGGAAUGUAAAUGCUCACAAAGGAUAUGUAUUAUCUGCAGAAUUUAUUCCUGAUUAAAAUUUAAUUGCGAGUAGCAGUAAUGAUUUAACAAUAAAUUUCUGGGACUCAAGUAGUUUCAACUUAAAGUAAAUUCUCUCGGUCCCAGAAAUAUAAUUGUGUAUGAGAUAUGCAAGGUGGAGUUCCUCUUAAUCUAAUUUCUUAUACACAGGUGGAUCGGAUUCUAUAAUUCAUAUAUAUGACACAUACGAUUUAAAAGAAAGAGGGACCUUAUCAGGUUGGAACCCUUUUAUUAAAAGAGACUCCCAAUAAUACGGACACUCUUCUCCUAUCGGUGAUAUAUUGGCAAUAGAUUAGUAAAACACUCUAGUGACAGGUGGUUUAGAUGGCAAUAUUUGUUUAUGGGACAGUGCUACACAUCAACCUAAGAAAGAGCUAAGAGGCCAUGAAAAAGGUGUGUAUAGUUUAGAUUGGAGUGAUUGGAGUCCCAUGAAUUAGUGUUUGAUUAGUGCUGGAUUGGAUCAUGAAGCAUUUGUGUGGAAUACUUAUGUAAAAGAAAAGAUUUUCUUACUUAGAGGUCAUAAUCAUCCAUUAGUUGGAGUAAAAUGCUUGCCUAGAACAUCUUAAGUAGUUACAGCAGAUAUUUCUGGAAUGGUGAAAGUUUGGGAUGUCAGAAACUUUUUAUAAAUCUAAACUUUCAAUGUUCCUGCAGAUGAAAUCUAAGCAUUUACAUUAACCUAUCCAAAAAAAUAAAUUGUUGUAGGUGCAAGAAAGAUGUUCUUUUAUGAAUAUGAUGAGCCCAAAGAUUAGAUGUUGACAGAUGAGAAAAUGUGUUUAAAAGUUUUAUAUAAUUAAACUCUAACAUGUUUUAUCACUCUUCAUCCUGAUAGCGUUAAAACUUGGGAUGCUAGAACUGGGAAAUUGCAAUAGGUUUAUAGAGAAUUGAGUGUUGCUGAAUUAACUACUAUGAUUAUUGAUGCAAGAUAAAGGAAGUUGUUUAUUGGAGAUGCUGAAGGCAGAAUAUUCACUGUCAAUAUUAAGAAUGGUGCUAAAAUGAAAAAAUUUGAAAGACAUCACAAGAUGAUCACUGAUUUAGCUCAUUGGAGCAAUGAUACUAAUAGAAGAGUCAUUAGUUGCAGCAGAGAAGAUACUGUCAACAUUCAUGAUGAGGACUCUCAAGAUGCUCACAAAUCAUGUAGAUACAAAAUGAAACAGCAUCAUCUAAGUGUUAAUUCAUUGCAUGUUAAAUAAGAUAGUGAACAUUUAGUCAGUUGUGCUGAUGAUGGAGCUAUCUUUAUUAUAGAUUUAGUUUCUUACAGACAAGAACUAGUCUGGAAAUGCUAAUAUGAGUUGAAAAAAGUAAUGUUUUUGGAAUCCCAUAAUUGCAUUGUAAGUGUUGAUUCUAUCGGAAAUGUGUAUUUCAUAGGAGUUUUGGAAAGCAAAUUCAAAUCAAAAUUAUUAUUGUAAAAAACAUAUAAAGCCAUCUCUUUGACUAAUUAAGAAGAAACAUUUCCUGUGACUUCAAUAAAUUAUGAUGAUGAUUUAUUAUAUUUGGGUGAUGAAUUAGGUAAUCUAAAAAUCUGGAAUAUUAAACAAGUCUUAGAUAAAGUGGAUCUACAUUAAGUAGAGUAAAAGAUAAAGACGAGAAAGAACAAUGAUGCUGAUACAUUUGUAACAGCCAUGGAUUAUGGAUAAGAAGAUAUUGCUUAAAUAUUUGUAAUCGGAGAUAUUAAGGAGGUUGGAUAUCAAAGAAAGGCUCAUCAAGAUGGGAUAACUUAUAUCGAAGUCUGUAAAGAUGGAUCGCAUUUUGCAACAUCCUCAUUUGAUUGUUGUUGUUAUUUGUGGGCAUUUAGAAAUGGAUAAAUCUCAAAAAUAGGAGCAUUGAUUUUGGGCCAUGAUGUUAAUUGGGGUUACAGAAUAGAUGAAAAAUCUAGGGCCGAUGCCGCAGAACAGGAAGCUAAUGAAUUAUUAGAAGAACUCAAAGACACUAUUAUUCCAACUAAAGUUGAAAAAACUGAUGGGUAAAUCAGUUCAUCUAAACAACAAUUAUUGGACCGAUUAUAUGGUAGUAAGUAGCAAAAGGAAUAAUAAUAAUAAUUAAUUUAAGCAGAAAAAGAAGACAAGAAAGAGAAGGCCUUGAGUAGAGCAAAGAAUGCUUUGAAGACAUAUGAAUAAUUCAAAUAAAAACAGUUUACUUACUAGAAUCAACAAAAUCUAAAUGAUCAAGAUCCAAAAAAAUAUGAUGACUCAGAAUAUAAAGAUGUAUUCUAAUAAUAAGACUAUGAUGAAGAAGAAGAAGAUAAUUAUAAUAUUCUAACUGAUCUUUAAGAAUUCAAAUAAUAAUAACUAUCAUCAGGUGUAUAUUCAAGCAAAAAUGCUUUCAAAACCAAACUAAUUAAAGGACAUCAUAAAUCCAAGUUUUCUUGA